CAGCAGUGGCCUCAGGCUUCCAGUAGGUGAGCGAGGCGUGUGCCGGCCUGGACCAAUCAGGCGGUGGCAGAGUUGAAGAGGAGCAGUGCGGGGAGACCAGGCGGCAGAGUUUCCCGAGUCUCACCACCAAACACUCAGACAAGAUGUGGUGCGUGAUUGCUGUGGUGGCUGUUGUGAUGGCGGUGACUGAAGGACAAGUCGUCUCCUAUAACGUCAACGACAAUGAUCAGCCCCCGGUGGUAGUGCAAGUGCCUUCUUCCGGUUCUGUUCCGAUCCAGUCUUUCGUAAGUGUCGGUCCCGCCCCCCAGCCUGCCGUGGUCGUGCAGCCACCAACUUCUGUCGGCCUGUCCUUCGUGCCGCCACCCCAACCCUCGCUGUUCUCCGUCACGCAACCCGCCGCCCCGCAGUUCGGCGUACCUCAGGGCGUGCUGCCGCCACUGCCUCAGUGCCCCAGCACCUACUCUCUGGUGCACGUGGCGUACCAAGGCAGCCUGUACCACUUCUCGUGGUGCUUCCAGCCCGGCCACCGCUUCACCCACCAGCAGGCGGCGGACUACUGCAACGGCCUCAACCACCUCAGCCAGCCCUACCACUUCCAGGUGCUCAGGAUUGACGACACCACCGAGGUCUCCUUCAUCCACUAUUUGCUGAGCUACUAUGCCCAUGCCGCCGUGUGGACCAGGGACACCAGCACCACCGCACCGUACUCUAUUCGCGGCUUCAUUAACAGAUCCGGUGUGAACCUGCCUGGCCAUGACUGUUUGUCCGUGGAGGCCGCGCUGCUCGCCCUGCACAGUAUCUGGGUGCAUGAGAACGCCUGCUCAGACGCCAAGCUGGUGGUUUGCGAGGCGCGCUACUAACCACGCUAUAGGAACUCUCAAAUUUACUUUAUAAUAUCGGGUCGGGAUUAAUAAAGAAAUGUAUCUGC